GAGCCUUCCUCUUCAAGGUAUGAGGGAGGUGUUUGUUUCCUCAUGCUUUGCAUCACAGAAGAGAAGUAACUCGGUUUACCGGUUUAAUGGCACAGAGGUGCACUUCCAGACCUGUCGGGUGGGUAUUGUACAGCACCUGGUGCAUAAAAUCCAUGCGGAGCAGGUGGGCCAACCGGCGGCACACAGCCCUGAGGAUCACUCUUCAGCACCCCUGAACAUUGCGGUACACUGCGCAGGCAGCAAGAACAAAAGCGUUUUCCUCAGAAAGCUCCUCAUAUCUUUGGCAACGGAGUAAAUUGUCACCAAGCGAAAGCCACUGGACUGACACAAUGAGCAGCGACGCUCUCUUCUUCCUCAUUGUGCUCGUGGCCUGUCUGGGUACCUCCUUCCAGAGGAAAUCCAAGAAGCCUCCGCAGACACUUUCUAGAGGAUGGGGGGAUGAAAUUACAUGGGUCCAGACCUAUGAGGAAGGCUUGUCAAAAAUGCAAGAGAGUCAAAAACCAUUGAUGGUCAUUCAUCAUUUGGAGGAGUGUCCGCACAGUCAAGCACUUAAAGAAGCAUUUAGUGCCGAUGACACCAUUCAGAAAAUGGCCCAAGAGGACUUCAUCAUGCUCAACGUUGUGCAUGACACCAGAGACGCAAAUCUGGCCCGCGAUGGCAGUUAUGUCCCCAGGAUCCUCUUUGUUGACCCCUCCAUGACGGUGCGUGCUGACAUUCAUGGCAAGUACCCCAACCGCCUCUACGCGUAUCAUCCGGAUGACAUGGAUAAAUUGAAAGAAAACAUGGAAAAAGCCACGAAUCUUUUACGCUCUGAGCUGUGAGCAUCGCUGCUGCUUCAUCGCUGGAUCACCGGUGUAAGACAAAAGAAGAGACCCCCCCCUCCCUGUUGAACUCCAUCUAAAGGAGAGUGCUUAGCGACACCGAUCCACAGACAUCCCAAGAGAUCAUUAUCAAAAAUAAAAUAAAGGAGGGUAAA